AUGUUUAAAUUUGUGGUGAUCAUAUCGUUCGCGGCGUUCGCUAGUGGCCAAUACUCAGCGUCUAGACUCGUGAGAAACAUCUAUAAUGAAUGCCUGAGCCAAUAUUCGGUGGAGUGUGUGAAGCCGAGGACCCUGGAAUGGAUUUCCCGAGUAGCGCACGAUGAUGAGAUUAAAAUAACCGAUAAUUUAUCUAUCUACAAGACUUCUGACAUUGAAGAUGAGGGAGCUGAUCCAAGGAUGGCUAAAGAACCCGUUUAUGCCAUAAUCGACAAAGUGGACCAAUUCAUUCAAACGCAUUCCUUGAAAGUGAAAGUACCUGAAGAGAUUUCCAAUAGCGCAGCAUCAGAGUAUGUGCCAAGGUCGCUUCUAGCUGACCUACCUUCAGAGUUAGACAUGCCCUUGGACGGAGAGGAGGAAGUUGAGACUUUCGAAGGAAGGAAGAAGAAGAUCAAGCUCCCCAAGCCUUUGAGAAUCAAGAGCAAACACGGCUUCAUCAAGAAGGUGUUGCUUCCCUUCCUCCUCGGUUUGAAGUUCAAGGCUUCAGUUCUCGUUCCACUUGCACUUGCCCUCAUUGCUCUCAAGACAUGGAAAGCUCUCACUCUUGGUCUUAUUUCUCUUGUGUUAUCUGGUGCCAUGGUCAUCUUCAAGUUCACUAAGCCAAAGGUUGUGAAUUACGAAGUUAUUCACUAUCCUCAGCAUCAUGUUGAGCAUCAUGUAGACCACCACGCCCCAGGUUGGGAUGCUCACGGACCAUACCAAGCCAGAUCAUACGAAGACGCCCACGAAAUCGCUUACUCUGGCCAAAUCUAA